GCUUCUCUGCCUUAAACUGUAUUGACGCCAUUUUUCCAGCACUAUGUGCGUGACCUCUGAACUCCAGGGUUUGCCAGCUCUCCGCCAUAUUGGCUGUUGUCUUGCCGAGAGAAGGCAGGGAAGGUUUUUUUGGUACUGGAAGAAUCGAAACGGUGGCUAUUUCGACCCGUAAACUGGUGCAAACUGGGCCAGAGCGAUUCGUGGAAAGCUGCAUCAUGGCCAGGAAGAAAAGUAAACAGCAAGGAGUCGGGAAUAAGGAGCUGAUCAGUGGACAGCAGAGCCUAUCGAAGAGCCCCGUCUCUCCCGGCGAUGCAGCUGGCGGUGGCGGCGACGGAGAUGCGGGACUGGAAAGACUAGCCAGGGCGAAUCAGCCCCUCCCUCUGUCGUCGGGCCAGCCCAUGCACACCUGCUGUCUGCUGUGUCACCGCGAGUUCAAGGACUGGGGGGCGGGGCCGGCCAACGGACUGCCCCCCCACGGGGCCAAGGUGGCGGACGGCGUGCCGGCGCUCUCCCAGGCCCUGCUCCGCGAGGUGCCGGGCCGCAAGCUGGCCGACGCCGUGCCGUCGCUCUCCCAGUCGCUGCUGGGCGAGGUGCCGCUCUGGAUCUGCCAGAGCUGCCGCAAGAGCGUGGAGGAGGAGGAGCGGCGGGCGACACAGGAACAGACCCUACCGGUUCCCCUGUCGCACGCCUCGUCCUGUAAGGCGCAGGCCUGCGGGAACGGCUACCCCGAGCCCAGUGCGGUGGAGUGGGACCCCAGCUCCUUCCUGUCCGCCCACAAGCUCUCUGGCCUCUGGAACUCCGCCCACUCCAAUGGAGGCGGGCACUGUAACCACGGCGCCGGCUCACACUCACAGCAAGGUGGUUUGGUGGGGCCCCCCUGCAUGGACAAACGGGGUCCCCACGAAGCACCGGGGAAGUCGGCCAAACCCUCGGGGGCCAAAGUGUGUCCCUACAGCCACCCGUCGUCCCAGAACCCCAGCGGGACGUCCGCGGGGUCCUCGCUGUCCCCGGGCAGCGCCGACCUCUGCAAGACCACGCCCAAGCACUUCAAAAACAUGUGCCGACGCCCCACUCCUCCAGGCGAGGCAUUUCACUCCAGCGACCAUCACCAACACUCAGACCUGGCGGCCCCGCCCAACAGUCCCACGGGGCUGUCCUCGCACCAUUCCUCCCUGCUGCCCCCCGCCCAGCACGCGCACGCCGCUCCGCCCGGCCCCGCCCUGUCCAGCCACGCCCCCUUCGCCCCCCUGGUGUCCAAGCUGAGCGCGGGGUCGGACUGUAGCCCCGCCUCCCUGCACAAGCCCGCCGCCUGCAAGAACUCCCACAUUCCCGCCGUCAGCGCGCCACACGCCAAGCUGGGCCCCGCGCCCUUGGGCUGCAGCCACCCCUGCAACGGGCACAGCAACGGGGCGGUCAGCUCCUCCAACACGGGACACCUCCCCGCCAGCACCUGCAGGGACCAGGCCUGUAAAGGGCACAAGCUGGCGAACGGGACGGUGUGCCACCCACCCUGCGAGCUGGAGGAGGGCGAGGACGAGGACAGCAGCUCCGAGCGCAGCUCCUGCGCGUCCUCCUCCACCAAUCAGAAGGACGGGAAGUACUGCGACUGCUGCUACUGCGAAUUCUUCGGCCACAACGCGCCCCCGGCGGCGCCCACGAGCCGGAACUACGCGGAGAUCCGGGAGAAGCUGCGCUCCCGCCUCACACGGCGCAAGGAGGAGCUGCCGCAGCGGCAGGACUCGGACCCGGCCGCGCCCAGCGCCAUCGACCACCGCGACGUGGACGAGCUGCUCGACUUCAUCAACAGCACCGAGCCCAAGCCCGUCAACAGCGCCAAGGCCGCCAAGCGCGCCCGCCACAAGCAGAAGAAGAAGGAGAAGGAGAAGGCGGCUCAGGGCAGUCCGGAGGCCCCCGGCGACGACCCCCGCGCUUCGCCCCUCGAGGUCCUGGAGGAGGUGGGCGGGGCGGCGGAGGGCGAGGGCGGCCGGCUGCUGGAGUGGCCGCAGCUGGAGCUGGAGCGGGUCAACAGCUUCCUGACCAGCCGGCUGGAGGAGAUCAAGAACACCAUCAAGGACUCCAUCCGCGCCUCCUUCAGCAUGUACGACCUCAACCUGGACGUCAACGACUUCCCCAAGAAGGCGGCCACGCUGGAGGGCAACCACCUGCUGUCGCACCUGAACGGCUCGUCCGAGCUGCAGCAGAUCGACCUGGACCUCUCCCCGCUCUCCCUCAGCAGCUUCAAGAGCCACCUGGAGCUGGUCAACGGCUGGGAGGACCGGGACCGCGACCGGGCCCCCAGCCCCGCCCUCUCCCCCUCCCCCUCCCCCAGCCCCGCCCCCUCCCCCUCCCCCUCCCCCUCCGGCCAGGAUGUGCAGCGGCUGCAGGCCACGCCCAGCCUCUCCAAGCUGAUCCGCGUGCGGUCCUCGCCCGAGCGGGGGCCCCCGGCCCACCCCGCCCCCACGCUACAGGGCCCCGCCCCCAAGGCCCAGGAAGACGCGGAGGCCAGGGCCCCGCCCCCUCCCGGCGGGAAGGCCAGGAAGGGGAAGAAGCAGCAGCAGCAGCAGCAGCAGGAGCCACCCCAGCUCCAGGACCCCCAGCAGGCCAAGCUUCCCCGGGCCGCCCCAGGGAACGAGCCUCACAGGAGCAGGGAGAGCCAGGCCAAGCAGGCCGGCUCCAAACCCGGCUCCAGAGCACCCCCCCAGUGCCAGACCCCCGCAGGGAAGAGGCCGGAGGAGUGUCCUGGCGGGGACCGGGGCGAGCAGGCCCCCGGAGGUCCCAAACACAGCCGGGUGGACCAGGAGCCUGAGGGCCGAGCCGCUCACCCCGCCCAUGCCGGCUCCCAGCAGCCCAAGGGCAAGAGCAAGAAGAACAAGAACAAAGCGGACAAGGCCAGCAGCUCCAUCGAUGACGUGUUUCUCCCCAAAGACCUGGACCCAACAGAAAUGGAUGAAAUCGACAGAGAGGUUGAAUACUUCAAGAGAUUCUGCCUGGAUUCUGCUAAACAGACUCGUCAGAAGGUUGCAGUGAACUGGUCCAACUUCAGCCUGAAGAAGGUUCCUUCCAACGCAGCGCAGUAGGGGGGUCGGAUCGGGGAGCCCCUCUCCGUUCCGCCCCAGAAACCAGAACUGGCCCGAGGCCUCAACCCUGACACACCCCCUCCUCCUCCUCCGCCCCACCCAGACCGCCCCUGCCGCACCUCCAGGCGCCCACAGCGACCUUUGCCCCUUUCCACGGGGUCGACUUUUCUCUGGCCUGUGCCGGUAGCCAUCGUCGAGACUUGUACCACCUGAUCAUAGCCAGAGACCAGAGCCCACCUGCUGCUACCAGUCAGGCUGCUUGACCAGAGCUGUCUGUUAGAUAACCCCCACAUAAAGUACCUGUCUGUGGCUGCAGACCCUCCUCCGUGCUCAAACCCUAUGUAUACUCUGUAAAUCAAUUACUUUACUAUUAAAAUUCUCAUUUUUAUUGCCAGUGUGGCAUAUUUUUAACACCCCGUUUGGCUGACAGUUAACAUGUUCUAUGUGAUUCUCCUCCACAUCCUUCCAUGUGCUGUGUAUCUUUGGUUCUUUUUUUUCCUUUCUUUGUUUUUCCUUUUCUGGCCCCACCUCUUGAGAAGUCAAUGACAUAUCUGUAAACUUCACAAAGCUAAGGAAACGGUGUGUGUGCAUAUGCGCCAGUUCUUCCGAUAGCUGUGCAAACCAGCGUGGUUUGCUGGUCGUUGGAGCACUGAGCUGGAUUGGUUUGCUGAGGGCCACUCUUGCAAAUUCACUGUCAUGUCAGCGAAGCUUAAUACUGCGUGUUAAACGGGAUGGCGUUCAGUCGCUCACAAAAGGUGGCGAGGUGGGCUCGUUCAGGCUACGUUUGGAGAACGGUAUCCAUUGGUGUUUGGGAAUCAGUGCUGGUAUGAGUGAUGUAUGAAUCGUGAACACCAUUGUACCAUCUGGUGUUUUGAACAUGAUUGUUCUUACCAGCAGAUUUUUUUAUUUAUUUUGCAGAGACUCAAGAAGGCAGCUCUAGAGCCCUUGAAAGUGAGGCGUGGCUUCCUAGCCCCCCUGUAGUGAUAAUGGUGUAUUUCACAACAAAAAAACAACCAUGGAAGUAGUCCCAGCUCCUCAACAAUUUCUCUUCGUUUUUAAUGUCUUUCCGUAUCUAUGAAUAACGUGACAAACAGGACAACACUAAAAUGAACUUUCCAUUUUAAAAAUAACUAUAUAAUGGUGUUAAAAACACUUUUUAAAAAUCAAACGUCUUCAAAAGAUGUAAUCAAAAUCUAACCUGAAUCCCUCUCCCCCUCCCUUUUACAUGACUUUUUAAAAUGACAAAUGUAUUUUGAAUCAAAAGUUUUCCACCUUGUUUUUUUUUUUUUUUUUUGCCAGUUAUCGUCGUUCUUUGAAAUUCAGUACUCGGUAUAAAUCACGUUGACUGUAUGCAAUCUAAUGAAAACCUCAAAGAUGUGUAUUGUGAGGAAGCCGAACGCUGCCUCGGGGGGGGGAUCUUGAAACGGGGCUCCGUAUGACCUUCGCGUGCCGAGCGCCCCUUCGCGUCGGACGCUCGAGUUCCGAUGCCGUGACCCGACUGUUCUUUGUUACUGUGCAGCCGCCAAGUACCGCGUUUUUCCCCCCUCCAGCACUUGAAGCAGCAUAUCCUUCACAGUUAUGGUACGCUACUUCCCUCCCUGUUCGUGUCUCUCUGGUUUCUGUGUGUCUGCACAAAAUCCACUGUUAAGGCUUAGAGGGCAUCCAAAACUCACAUUAUAUGAUGUGGGAAUUAUUUUUUGUUUUGUUUUAUUUUAUUUUAUUUUAUUUUUUGCAAUAAUGGUACAGCCUUGACAACACACCCCCUGUCAUUGGUAUCCUUGAACCUGUCUUCAGCUUUACUGUGAAGGAGAGAGGUUUAUCCUAUCCUGAGAGCAACCAAGAAUUACAUUGAUUUGUGGAAGUCAGUGUGGGGUUUUGGGGUCCUUCACACAAAAUUAUUUCUGAGUCUGACAUGAAUGAAAUGUUUUGUUUUUUUUUUAAUCUAUUUUGAACUUUUUCAUAUUUUGCAAGAUCUCUGAUGCUAUCCAGGUUAUAUUAAACUACAAGACAUUAUCUUUAAAGUUUGGAAUGUAGAUUUAUACUAUACCAUUAAGAGCCAAGUGUAUGUUGGCUGCUCUGUUUUUUUAUUAUUCACUUUUGAUACUGUGAAAAAUCUUUCAUCCCGAAAGAUUAAAACAAUACAGUUUUGACAAAAGA